AUGGGGGAACAAAAGAGAACAGAAGAGGAGGAGAAGGGGAUCUGUGCACAAGCCCCUGUCCACCCCUGCCAGCUGCAGGUCAUUGCUGACAGCCACCUCCACACUCCCAUGUACUUCUUCCUGGGCAAUUUUUCCCUGCUGGAGAUCUUGGUGACCAUGACUGCCGUGCCCAGGAUGCUGUCCGGCCUGCUGGCUCCCCACAAGGUCAUCUCCUUCACCGGCUGCAUGGUCCAGUUCUACUUCUACUUCUCCCUCGGCUCCACCUCCUUCCUCAUCCUGUCCGACAUGGCCCUUGACCGCUUUGUGGCUGUCUGCCACCCACUGCGCUACGGCACUUUGAUGAGCGGGGCUGUGUGUGCCCGGCUAGCGGGGGCUGCCUGGGCAGCUCCCUUCCUGGCCAUGGUACCCACUGUCCUCUCCCGAGCUCAUCUCAAUUACUGCCACGGCAACAUCAUUAACCACUUCUUCUGUGACAACGCCCCUCUGCUGCAGCUGUCCUGCUCCGACACUAGCCUGCUGGAAUUCUGGGACUUUGUGAUGGCCUUGGCCUUCGUCCUCAGCUCCUUCCUGGUGACCCUGGUCUCCUACGGCUACAUCGUGAGCACCGUGCUGCGGAUUCCCUCUGCCAGCGGACGCCAGAAGGCUUUCUCCACGUGUGGGUCUCACCUCGCCCUGGUCUUCAUCGGCUACAGUACCACCAUCUUCCUGUAUGUCAGGCCUGGCAAAGGACACUCUGCGGAAGUCAACAAGACGGCUGCCUUGGUGACAUCCAUCCUCACCCCCUCCCUCAAUCCCUUCACCCUCACCCUCCGCAACGAGACCGUCAAGGCGGUGUUACGAGAGCAGAUGCAGAAGCUGAAACGUCCCCACGAGGCGCUGUGACGAGCCCGAGGGACCUGCCAGGCUCAGCCAAGUAGUUCUGUGAGGAAGCAGGGUACCGGCCUGGGUGGGACAGCCACUGUCGAGUGUCUUUCAGUUUUUCCCUCUGUGCCUGUGAGUGGUAACCACAGUGAGUCCUCGGUGGCCCCCUGUCUCCCCCAGCGCUCUCACAGGCCACGUGGAACUGCUCCCCUCACCCACUAGCAGCGACAAGAACUCAGAAAGUAGCCCAGAGCCUGGGAGCCAAGGGUGUGGCUUUUCAUAAAGGGAAGUGCAUGGGCUUCCCCUUCAAGGAAGAGCAGCCUGGAUGUUUUCUCUGAUAAAGAGAUGUUAUCUAGCGCCCAGUGUGUGUGUGUGCGUGUGUGUGUGCCCCACUGCUGUGUGCACCAUGAGUGGUUCGUCUACAUGAAAUUAAACUAAGAAAUACUA